UUACUAUUGAAGUUGGUAAUGAUCCUGACGUAAAAAUUUUCCGUUCUCACAUUAUUAUUUUAUAUUAUCGUUCUCCUUAUUUACGAAGAAUAUUGUCAACGAAUAAAAAGAAAAAUAAUGGAACUUUGACACAUAUUAAAUUACCAAAUAUUUUACCAGAGAUAUUUCCAAUAAUUUUAAGAUAUAUUUAUGGAGGAAGACUCUCUUUGAAAGAAUAUGAUACCUUGGACAUAAUUAAUGUAAUGAUUGCUGCUAGUGAACUUAGUUUACAAGAAUUAAUCGUAUAUUUGCAAUCAUUUUUGGUCAAAAACAAGACAAAUUGGAUGGAGCAAAAUUUUGAUUUCGUUUAUCAAACAAGUUUCAAAAAUGAUUCAUUCUUGGACCUUCAAAAAUAUUGUACUGACUUAAUUACAAAGGAACCUGAUAAAAUAUUCAAAUCUCCAAAUUUUUCUUUAAUUUCAGAAAAACUUUUAAUUACAAUUAUUCAAAGUGAUAAUCUUCAAAUGAGUGAAAUUCAAAUUUGGGAAUAUUUACUUAAAUGGGGACUUGCUCAAAAUCCGGAACUUCCCACUGACUUUAAAAAAUAUUCAAAGGAUGAUUUCAAUACUUUAAAGAAUACUCCACAACAAUGUAUUCCAUUUAUUAGAUUUUACAAUUUAUCUUCCAAAGAAUUUAUGGAUAGUGUAUUACCUUAUAAAAGAAUUUUACCGAAGGAAUUAUAUAAAGAUUUAUUAAAAACGUUUUUAAGUCUUUUGGACCCUGAUAGCAAGUCAAGUGAUAAAUCAAGGCCUCGUAUUAGUUCGAAUCAGUCUCAAUUCAAUCAAAUGAACGAAUUUGAAUUCUUCCCCUUGAAAACAAGUGAAGAAAGUAUUAUUGCUUCGACAAAGAGAAAUGAAAUACCAACUUGGUCGUACUGGAAGUGGAAGCACAUUAUUACUAACUUCGGAAAGUUCAGGUCAUCUUGACAUGGUGCAACGUAAAGUUAAUGCGUUAUUAAAUAAAUUAACGUUGAAAAAUUUUGAAUCUUUAUCAGAUCAAAUUAUUAUUUAUGGUAACAAGUCAAGAGGUGAAAGAGAUGGACGUAUAUUAAGA